AUGGAGGACGUGGUGAGGGGCGGCGCUUGCGCAGCAGCCCGGAAGCACCAGCUGCGGCAGCAGCAGCAGCAGCAGCAGCAGCAGCAGCAGCAGCCGCACCGGCAGCAGCAGCAGCAGCACCACCAGCAGCAGCAGCAGAUACCGCAACAGGGGGACGAAUGGGUGUGGCUGAAGACCAACGCUGAGGGGGGCCGCAGGUACCAGUCAGAGUUGAAUCAGUGGCGCAAGAGCGUCCUCGUGCACACCACGGAGCACUGCCUGGUGGGCGUCCGCGGCGCCCCCGACCGCAACCGCGACGCCCACCUGCUGCACUCCAACCUGGACAUUGACGUCCUAGUCAGCGAGGAGCCGCCGCUAGGCAGCACUGAGAAGCCGGCCGAGCUGUACGGCAUCAUAGAGCGCUUCUGGAACGGCAGGCGAGCAAGCCAAGAAAACAGGCCGGUCCACUUGGUCCCUUCCCGCUUCCACGCCGUCGCUGCUGCGCGGGACGUGGUAUUUGUUGCAGGAGCGCGCGCGGCGGGGCGCCCCGGCGAGGCGGCCGCGCGGCGGCUGGAGCUGUUUGGCGUGGACCACAACGUGCGUGACGGCUGGGUGACAAUCGGCAAGGCCAUCACAAACUCAAACUUCAGGGCGGCCACCUACAAGGGCUUCUUCCGCGAAGCCGACGGCACCCCCUACAGAGAGCCGCCCCGCGGCCGCGGCCACGCGCCGGGCGCGCCUGUCCUGGUGCCGACCACCCCCGAGAUAGAGGCGCUGCGCCCCAAGGACCCCCCUGGCGCUGGCGGCAGCCAGGGAGGCGGCGGCCAGGGGGGCGCCGCGCCGCGCGCGCUGCAGACGGCGCCGCCACAGCAGUGA